UAGUAAUAGCAUUUUAGUAAACAACAUCAAUGAAUUUCUGAUUCAUAUUCUAUGGAACUUCUAGUAAACACAUCAAGCAAAUAACUAUUAUUCGGAUCGAUUUUCAUUUCAAUUUUCUAGCACAUAAACGAGACCUAAAUGAUCCAGCAGGGGACUGAUUUAACCAUCCAGGUGGGAGCAAUGGAAACAAUGAGGCAGCCUUCCUUAAUGGGGUGGAUUUGAGAACCUCCAAGAAAAAGAAAAAUCCACAAACCAUUGAAACAGUCAAAGCAAUUUGUUAAUAAGUCAAAUAGCCUCCACAGGUGCUUGGUUUUGGUUUCUUCUUUCUUUCUUUCUUUCGUGUCACUAUUCCAAUUCCAAGCCUUUCCUUCUCCUUCAUUUCACUCUCCAUUUUUCUUCUUUCUCUUUCCCCCACCAACACCCAAAUUCUUCACUUUCUACGCCACCAAAUUAACCAAACCCACAACAAGAGAAAGUUUACAGCACAACGUUCCCAUUUUGGGCAAUGUCACAGCAGAAGACAAUUUCCCACAUCGAUAACCACCUCCCAUCAACGCCGGCGAAGUUCAAGCCGCCGUACAUUCACCGGCUCCGCGUCCAUUCCGCCAUUUCCAGGCUCACUCUAUGCUCCUCCUUGUUCUUGAUCUUCAUCGUCUGCUUCUUCUUCCUCUCCCCUCCUUCCUCCUCCUCCUCCGCCUCGCCCCGCCGCGCCCUCGGCGGCGACUCCUGGGGCGGCCACCAUUGGGAGAAAAGGGUCAGCCGCUCUGCUCUCAAGCGCUCCCCUUCUGGCCUCACCGUCCUCGUCACCGGCGCCGUCGGCUUCGUCGGAACCCACGUCUCAAUUGCCCUAAAACGCCGCGGCGAUGGGGUUCUCGGCCUUGAUAACUUCAACGAGUACUACGAUCCCCAGCUCAAAAGGGACCGCCGAAAGCUUCUUGAUCGGGCCGGCGUGUUCGUCGUCGAAGGGGACAUCAACGAUUCAGAGCUGCUUCAUAAACUCUUCGAUGUCGUGGCUUUCACCCACGUUAUGCACCUCGCGGCUCAGGCCGGGGUCAGGUACGCAAUGAAGAACCCUGGCUCUUAUGUGCACAGCAAUAUUGCUGGAUUUGUGAGCCUUUUGGAAGCCUGCAAGUCUGCGAAUCCACAGCCCGCCAUUGUUUGGGCGUCAUCGAGCUCGGUCUAUGGAUUGAAUUCCAAGAUACCCUUCACUGAGAAGGAUCGAACUGAUCAACCGGCAAGUCUCUAUGCUGCUACUAAGAAGGCUGGGGAGGAGAUAGCUCAUACUUAUAACCAUAUUUACGGGCUUUCCAUCACUGGUUUGAGAUUCUUUACAGUUUAUGGGCCUUGGGGUCGCCCUGACAUGGCGUAUUUCUUCUUCACUAAGGAUAUUCUCAAGCGGAGGCCGAUAACGAUCUAUGAAGCUCCCGAUCACGGCACGGUUGCGAGGGAUUUUACCUACAUUGAUGAUAUAGUGAAGGGGUGUUUGGGGGCUUUGGACACUGCAAAGAAGAGCACAGGGAGUGGUGGGAAGAAGAAGAAGGCUGCACAGUUGAGGGUUUUCAAUCUGGGGAACACAUCACCAGUACCAGUGAGUGAGCUUGUUAGCAUACUGGAGAGGCUGUUGAAAGUUAAGGCAAAGAAGAAGGUUGUGGCAAUGCCCAGAAAUGGCGAUGUGAAGUUCACUCACGCCAACAUAAGUUUGGCUCAUAAGGAGCUUGGUUACCGGCCGACUACCAAUCUUGAGACCGGACUGAAGAAGUUUGUGAGUUGGUACCUUGAUUACAAUUCUGGUUCUAAGAAUAGAAUUUUGCGGUGAAGGUUCUCUCUAACAUUUAGAUUCUUCACAUUUGUUGUUGUUUGUGUCCACUGAUCAUAAAUCUUUGACAAUUUGCUGCAUUUCUUGAGUCAUGUUGUGCUUCAAAGUAGCAGCAUCUCCUCCUGCAUUGGAUUUGGUUUUUGCUCUUCAAUGGUAUUUUCUGUCAGCAGGGCUUGAAGCCUCUUUUCAUAGCUGUCCCACGUGUUGUUUUAUUGGUUCUGUUCUUUUUUUUUUCCUUGUAUUUUUCACUACUAGGACUAUAUUCUGUUGAUUUGAGGCUUUACAGUUCGUGACUGAGAGAACUGAUACAUACUGCUUGAUUGGUGGACUUCAUUUAUCAUCUUCAAUAAGCUAGCAAUUUAUGAACUGGUUUUUGCUUAUUUCAA